AUGGCACCAAAAGCCAGACUCCCGAGAAAGACCCGGAACCCUGAUUUGAUUCGUGGGGUGGGUAAGUUCUCCAGGUCCAAGAUGUACCACAAGCGCGGUCUUUGGGCCAUCAAGGCCAAAAACGGCGGCGUAUUCCCACGCCAUGACCCCAAGCCAGCGGCUGAGGUCCCAACCCAGAAACCCCCUAAGUUCUACCCUGCCGAAGACGCCAAGAAGCCUCUCGUCAACAAGCGCAAGCCCAAGCCUACCAACCUCAGAGCGAGUAUUACACCUGGCACGGUGUUGAUUAUAUUGGCUGGAAGGUUUAAGGGAAAGAGAGUUGUUUUUCUUAAGCAGCUUACAUCUGGAUUGCUUCUCGUUACUGGGCCAUUCAAAAUUAAUGGUGUUCCUUUGAGACGUGUGAAUCAGUCCUAUGUGAUUGCCACUUCCACCAAGGUUGACAUUUCUGGGGUGAAUGUAGAAAAGUUUGAUGACAAAUAUUUUGCAAAGGAAGUGGAGAAGAAGAAAAAUAAGGGGGAGGGAGAAUUUUUUGAGGCAGAGAAAGAGGAAAAGAAUGCCCUCCCCCAAGGAAGGAAAGACGAUCAGAAGAGCGUGGAUGCUUCAUUGUUAAAGUCCAUUGAGGCCGUCCCAGACUUGAAGACAUACUUAGCUGCGAGAUUCUCUCUUAAGUCAGGCAUGAAGCCUCAUGAGCUUGUCUUUUAG